CUGGAAGGCUAUGUUUAUAUAUAAAGGUUAUAGCCAGUGCCGAUUAUUGGAUUCCUUCUCAAAUUUACACUAUAUGUGACCAUUAGACAUAAAAAAAUGUCUAUUUACGAUGGCCUAACUGCAGGCAAACCUGCCGUUGUCGUCGAUUUUGGAGCCCGUUAUACUAAAUUUGGCUUUGCUGGUGAAUUCAGUCCAAGAUGCAUCAUUCCUACGCAAGUUAUUUGUCCCUCCUCUAGAAAAUUGCGUUGGGUCUUUGACUAUGAGGAUGAAGCUGAUCUUUAUGCACUUUUGGUCACCUUUAUCCAUAAACUUUAUUUCAGGCAUGCUUUGGUAAGUCCCAAGGACAGAGAUGUUGUGGUCAUUGAAUCCAUAUUGUCUCCUACCAAGUUUAGGGAUACUGUUGCUAAAGUACUUUUUCUACAUUAUGAGGUGUCUUCAUUACUCUACCUGCCAUCCCACUUGAUUGUCCUCGCAGGUCUUGGCCUAUCAACUGCCUUAGUUGUCGAUGUCGGCUACUCUGAGUCUCAGGUGAUUCCUGUCUACGAGGGAGUUCCUAUCCUGAAUGCCUGGCAAGCUCAACCUAUUGGGUCUAAGGCUGUUGAAGAACGUUUGAGAAAGAAUCUUAAAGAGGCAUAUGAAGAGAUAAAAAAUGCUGGUGGAGAUGCGAGUCGUGUACUGAAGCCGAUUGAUCUCGAUUUGGAAACACUUCCUGAUCAUGUAAUUGAAGAUAUUAAAGUGAGGACUUGCUUUGUGACCACUUACGAGCGAGGCAAGGCGAUGGCUGAUGGAAUCAGACCGCCCCAGCCACCUUUCGCGGAUUACAGACUCGGCGGUUAUUCCGUCCUGAGGAUUCCAGGAGAGGUGAGGGAAGCGACAUAUGAAGUCGUAUUCGAGAGGGAUAAUGAACAGUCCUCCCUGGCUAACCUCAUUCUUGAAUCUAUACUCAAGUGUGGCAUCGACACUCGUAGAGCAUUAGCAGAAAAUCUUGUUAUAGUUGGUGGCACCAGUAUGGCUCCUGGGUUCAAGUCGCGGCUAAUCUCUGAGCUCAGGCGACUCGUCAAGGAUAACUUCUAUAAACCAAAAUUAUAUAUUUCAAAUUUCAAGAUGCACGUUCCGUUAGUAAAAGAAAACGUAGCUUCAUGGCUUGGAGGUUCAAUAUUUGGAGCUACUGAUAUGCUUCCGCUUCGGGCUCUGACAAAAGAAAAAUAUUUCACUCUCAAGACCGUACCCGAUUGGUGUAAUUUAGCAACCAAUGAACUCUAUCUGUCAAAGCUAACUCUAUCAUAAGUCAUCUGUGAUCUUUUUCUAAUUUUAUAGUUUUUAUUUAUUGUAAAAUUUAUAAUGUUAAUAUUAUUUAUGUUUAUUUAUUAAGGUAAUAAAUAUCUUUAUCUAAUAUUUUGUAUACAAUUGAUUCUUGUUGUAUUUAUGAAUAAUAUUUUUUAUUUAUUAUUUAGAUUUAUUUUUCUCUUCAGAAUAAUAAUAAAUAAAACAAGUUGGUGAUAUGGAGGCUCUAAGUAAAAUUACAUGAAGAAUAUAAAAUUACUUUUUAUGUUCAAAAGAUUUAUCUCCAAUUUUGCUUGAAAAAAAAAAAAGGUAUAAGCAUUACAUAUUGAAGAUAGAGCCAACAUUGUAAAAUAACAGCUAAUAAAAUAUUUUUAAAUAUGUA